AUAACAAUAGUGUGACUUCAAUUUCAUCGUCGUCGUAUCGUAACUUUAUCCCAUAGCCACACAUCACCACUCCACUUCUACCAAUCUCUAUUCUUUUCACUAUCACCAAUUUCACAUGCAACAACAACAACAACAAUAAAUGCAUCUUCUUCUUCAAUUCGCUUUUUGAUCCUCUCAAUCCAACUUCUUCCUCUCUCCGCCCAUGGCGACGGUGACAGCACCUCCGUUAUUUCCCUUUGCAAUGACCGCUACGUCCUCCGGCAAAAAGAAGAAGAAGAAUCAUCAGAAGCAACGAGCACUGGGGAAUUUCGGUCACUUCGGGCAAGUUGUUCGCAAGGAUAUGGAUUUCCUCAAAAGAGGAUUUAACAAUGGCGUUGCGUGGGCCAACGACGCUUUUCGUAUUCCUCAGAUUACGAAGAAAAUUGAUGAAGUUGUUUGGCUUCGUAAUCUCGAAGACCCUCUUGCUUCUAAUUUUUCCACCCCUUCUUGGCCAGAGCCUUGGUACCCAGGACUGUCUGGAGUAGAUUUGCUUAUGUCUGAUCUGAAGGCCUUAGAAGCAUAUGCUAGUUACUUCUAUCAUUCAUCUAAGAUUUGGUCAAAGCCACUGCCUGAAGCUUAUGAUCCCCAGGAUGUUGCACACUAUUUCAAUGCCAGGCCCCAUGUUGUGGCCCUUCGUAUGCUUGAGGUAUUUUCGUCCUUUGCCUCUGCCGCGGUCAGUAUUCGAGCUUCAGGGCUUAGAAAGUUUCUACCAAUAAAUGCAGAUGGGGAUGUGGAUGAUAAAACAUCUGAAUAUAAUUUUGGAUUGGUGUUAAAGGAAACAAUGCUUAAUCUCGGCCCCACCUUUAUAAAAGUUGGUCAGUCGCUUUCCACAAGGCCAGAUAUCAUCGGUGUUGAGAUGUCCAAGGCAUUGUCAGAAUUGCAUGAUCAAAUCCCUCCUUUUCCCAGGACUGUUGCUAUGAAGAUUCUUGAGGAAGAAUUAGGAGCUCCUCUUGAAUCAUUUUUCAGUUACAUUUCUGAGGAACCUAUAGCAGCCGCAUCAUUUGGUCAGGUUUACUUUGCCCGUACUAUUGAUGGUGUUAAUGUUGCUGUAAAAGUUCAGCGUCCUAAUUUGCGUCACGUGGUGGUGCGGGAUAUCUACAUUCUUCGUCUUGGGUUGGGGCUGCUGCAAAAGAUUGCCAAGAGAAAGAGUGAUCCACGCCUUUAUGCUGACGAGCUCGGGAGAGGUUUUGUUGGUGAAUUGGAUUACACUUUAGAGGCUGCAAAUGCAUUGAAGUUUCGGGAAGUUCACUCAUCAUUUUCUUUCAUGCACGUGCCAAAAAUAUUUUUACAUUUAAGUAAAAAGAGAGUUCUGACCAUGGAGUGGAUGGUUGGUGAAAGCCCAACUGAUUUGUUCUCUGUAUCUACUGGAAAGGUCUCUGAAUAUUCAGAUAGGCAAAGAUUAGAUGCAAAAAGACGUCUUCUUGAUCUGGUCAGUAAAGGCGUUGAAGCAACAUUGGUGCAACUUCUUGAAACAGGCUUAUUACAUGCUGAUCCACAUCCUGGCAACCUACGCUACACUUCGUCAGGACAAAUAGGGUUUCUGGAUUUUGGGUUGAUCUGUCAAAUGGAAAAAAGGCAUCAAUUUGCUAUGCUUGCUUCAAUAGUUCAUAUAGUAAAUGGUGACUGGGCUUCCCUUGUCCGAGCUCUGAUCGAUAUGGAUAUGGUGAGACCAGGGACAAAUAUCCGGCUUGUUACCAUGGAACUGGAACAUGCCUUAGGGGAAGUAGAAUUUAAGGAUGGAAUUCCUGAUGUGAAAUUCAGCAGGGUUCUGGGAAAGAUUUGGUCUGUAGCAUUCAAGUAUCAUUUCCGUAUGCCAGCAUAUUAUACACUUGUCUUAAGAUCCUUAGCCUCCUUCGAAGGUUUGGCUCUAGCUGCUGAUAGAAACUUCAAGACUUUUGAAGCCGCCUACCCGUACGUUGUUCGGAAACUUCUAACAGAAAACUCAUCUGCAACAAGGAAAAUAUUGCACUCGGUUCUUCUAAAUCAAAAAAAGGAGUUCCAAUGGAAAAGGCUUUCCGUGUUCUUGAGGGUGGGGGCGACUAAGAAAGCCUUGCAACUAGCAGCUUCAAGUAGUGUGACUUCCUCUAAACAUUCACCAAAUAAGGCCACUGGUACAUUUGAUGUUGCAUACUUGAUCUUAAAGCUUUUACCAUCCAAAGAUGGCGCUGCUUUAAGAAGACUUCUCAUGACUGCUGAUGGAGCUUCAUUAGUCAGAGCAAUGGUUUCAAAGGAGGGAAAGACCAUCCGCCAACAACUUUGCAAGGUCAUAGCCGAUGCGCUGUGCCAAUGGAUGAUUAAAUUUUUUGGACAAGGAGUUACAGACACUCAGUAUCCCAGGGUGAUGUUGGCCAAUGGACCUAGCAACAAAGAAUCUGGUCGAUCCGCUCGAUCAUCCACACCUUCAUAUGAUGAUUAUAACUCCAUCUUUAGAGAUCGGCGACUUCGAGUGAUAUUUUCAAAGAUUGUGAAAUCUGCAAGCAGUAGUAAAGCAUUGAUGUUGCGGUUCUUUUGGUCUUCCCUUGUUAUAAUGAUUACAGCUUCAGCUUUGGCUUGCCACAGGGUUGUUCUGUCUCUCUCCGAGGCUUACUUGGGUUCGAUAUUCGAUGCACCCAAGCGUAAAAAAUAUGCCGUCAGUGCAUGAUAUAUUAUUAGAAUAUUGUCAAUUUUCAAAGAAAAGCAAGGUGUUAUAGCUUUGGAGGCAAUUUAGUGCCAGGAAGGUGAAAUAUGAGUAUAGGAUAACAUUAUCUUUUGGUUACAGUUACGGUUUGUAUAUGGGGUACUCUUAUGUGGGCUGAUAUUGUUGCAGUUCAGAUCCAGGUACCUUAUAAGUAUGUACAGUUUCAUGUAAAGUGCUACAUUUAUUUAUCUAUUUUCUAUUUUAGAAUAAAGAUAGAUAAAUAUUUGAAUAGCUAGUAAAGUGAGAAAAUCUAGAGUUUAUAUGAUUUAAUUUAAUUUGUAUGUGGAUAUUAAUAUCAACCUUUGAGCUUUUGUUUGGCAAAAGGUAAUAUGUAGUCUACAUGUCAUCUAGUAACAGAUGAACUUAUAGUCCUAAGUGGAUUAAUUAUUGUCCUAAGUGGAUUAAUCACAAUGAAGUGAGAUAGGAUGCUUCAAAAAUUUGAUAAAUUUUAUUGAUAUAAAAUGCUAUGUUAAUUUAUGAA